AUUGUUUCUCUCCUUCCUUAAACCCUGUCCAAAAAAGAAAAAAGAAAAAUCCAGCACCGGAAAUUCAAGAUUCCGAGCUCUGUAAUUAAUGCUGAAAACCAUAGUAGCCACACUCCAUACAGUAAUGGGGUCGUCUCUCUCCCAACAAUCCGCCGUCGAUACAAUCACCCAGUGGCGAUCCCGCCCGCCCCACGUCCUCAUCUUCGACUCCAGCCGCCGCGAAAUCAGCCAGUACAUGGAAGCCGUCGACAAACUCACCCAAUCGCCGCCAAACUCAAAGGAAACCAACAACAAGGACCUCAUAGCCAUAGCCAUGGCUCGGCUCAAGCGCGAAUUCAUCGCCGUCCUUAGCCGCCAAGCCGACUACCAAGCCGGCGGACCCAUCUCCACCAUCACCACCACCGCCGAAUUCAGCUCCGUCGCCGACAGCACCGCCUACGCCUUCCGCUACGAGGAUUACGUCAUCUCCGAUCUACCCAGCACCGACGUCAUCACCUAUCUCAAGAACAUCGCCCAAAGAAUGAACUCCGGCGGCAAACUCGCCGAUUGCAUCCGAGCCUACAAGAGCGUCAGAAGGACUUUUCUCCAGGCUCAGCUGAGCCGGCUCCGGUUCGAGGAGCUGAGCGUAAAUCUCAACGCCAAAAGAUACCUAUGGGACGAACUGAAAAUCAAAAUGGAAUUCUGGGUCCAGCUCUCCAAAAUCUGCGUCAAGAAAUUAUUCGACAGGGAGAAAAAACUAUGCGACCAAAUAUUCCAGGGCAUAGUCGGGAUCAACGGUCCCGCGAAAGACGAGUGCUUCGUCGGAACGGUCCAAGAUUUCGCCGCCGGUCUAUUCAGCUUCGCCGAGUCCAUGAGUUUGAGCAAUCAGCCGUACGAGAGAAUGGAGACCGUUUUCACCGUUUACGACUCCUUCCUAUCGAUCUUGCCGAACGUGAAGGCCCUCUUCGAUUCCGUACCGGGAAGGGAAAUCGUAAUCCGAUGCGAAGAAACACUCUCCAACGUCGAAAUCGAGGUUACGAGAAUGCUGCACGAUUUUGAAGACGCCGUUCUUCACGAGAAACCGGUUUCCAACUCGUCCGACGAAAAUGGGUCCGUUCAUCAACGGACCGAAUACGUGAUGGACAAGAUUACCCUCAUGCCA